AUGGAGAUGUCUGCCCAGAGGUUGAUUUCUAACAGAACUUCCCAGCAAUCUGCGUCUAAUUCUGAUUACACCUGGGAAUAUGAGUAUUAUGAGAUUGGACCAGUUUCCUUUGAAGGACUGAAGGCUCAUAAAUUCUUGUCUUUUCCUUUUCUUUACAGCAAUGCAGAGUCUUCAGAGAAGAGGUUCAGAAUGAACAGCUUUGUGUCAGACUUUGGAAGACCUCUGGAGCCAGAUAAGGUGUUUUCUUGCCAGGCCAACGAGGAGUCCAGGUCUGUUUUUCACUGCUACAUCAGUGAAGUGGAACACUUGGACAGGGCCAAAGCUUGUCACCAGAUCACAGCCAUCGACAGCGAUGUCCAACUCCAGGAAGCCAUCAGAAGCUGCAGGCGGCCAGAGGAGGAGCUGAACAGGCUCAUGGAGUUUGACAUCCCCAACUUCGUGAACACAGACCAGAAGUCCUCCUUUGGGGAGGAUGAUCUUCUGAUUUCUGAACCACCUAUUGUUCUAGAAAACAAGCCAGUUUCCCAGACCUUGCACAAAGACCUGGAUUGAAAAACAUGCUCUGUAAAGUGUCUUCCUGAAGAUGUGGGUUCUGUCUUUGUAUGGCAAGAUAUUUUCAUUCACCAAGAUUGCAUGUGUGUGUGCACGCAUGUGCGCAUGUGAGAGAGAGAGAGAGAGGGAGAGACAGAGAGAAGAGAAGACAGCUGAGUAACAAGAAAGCUGAUUAAGCUGGGGGCUUUUUGUUUGUUUUUGCCUUUAAAUGCAUUUGGGGUGUUUUUUGUAUUAAAGUAUUUACAUUAUCUCAUAUUCCUUCUUGUUGAAAAAUUUGGCCAAAUCCUCACUGUCAAUAUUCUUGAAUGAGGGUUAGCAUCCUGCGCUCUAAUCUGACCCUGACACUACCAGGCUCUACCAUUAGCGAGAUGCUUUACCUCUCUGGGUUGCCACAUUUUUAACUUUAAGGUGAGGUAUCUGCAGUUGAUGAUCCAUCCCAGCUGUGAUAUUUUGACUUUUUAAUAUUUAAAAUAUGACUUUGCAUCCAGAGGAGGCAGGGAUAUGCAUAAAGCAGUAUGAACUAGGGCACUGCCGCCUAUCUCUGUAAGAUUCCCAGAAUUUCUGUACCUUCCACUGAACCCUUAAUUGAGCCCAGCUUUAGUCAGGGGGUCCAAGCGUCUACCAAAAUGUCAGGAGACUGACUUUACACAGUUACUGGGGCCAACAUUUCUGCUAGGUUGUGCUGAAACAGCUCUUCUGAGGACCUCCAGCCACCUGUGCCAUGGGAUUCCUGGGAACGGGCCUGUCCUCAGAAUGAGUACCAAUCUAUGGUAUAUCACAUGACACUCCUGUCUCCAAGAAACGUAGGGAAGGUUGUCAGCUGAGUGAGGGGAGAUGCUUCUGUGUGUCUCUGUGUUGGUGUAUCUUUGCUGUGCCAUCGGCUACAGAACAAGAAAAAUACUAUUUCCAGGGUGUCUGUUUACUUGGCGAAUGUGUACGUGAUGGUCAUUGGCUUUGAACUGAGAUGGUCAGUGGGUUGUAAAUACCCCCACUAACAGGUAUUCAGGAUGGCUGGAUUAUGCUGCCAUGUGGGCAACACAGUUGAUUUCAUGAAGGAGUCAAGGCUGCGUGCUGGGGUGGGACACACCUGGUUCUGCCCCCACAGUCACUGCAUGCAUGGCCGGCUGCCAAUCGCUGGGCAGCAUUUCCGCUAUGAAUUUGUUCACUACCUGUUUUGCUUAAGCUACAAAAUAAAUGCAUUUGACUAC